AUGAAGCAGCAGGAGAGGCACCACCCUGGGCCCGUGGGAGAGUAUAAACACCAGCAGGACCUACGCGGGGCUUUAAAACCUGCAAACACGCUGCUGCCUCCAAACUGCCUGGGGGGUGAUGUGCUGAAGUGUCGGCAGAGAGAGCAGCAUGAGACUCCAGCUGGAGAAGCAGCUUCUCUUCUUCUCCCUUCUCUGCACCCUUUCCAAGUUGAAGACGAUGAGGAGGGCUGUGAAGUGAAUGGCCGGGUCUAUCGAGACGGGGAGGUUUUCCAGCCCAGCUGCAAGCUCCAGUGCCGCUGCCAGGAUGGAGGCAUCACCUGUGUCCCGCUGUGCCAGGAGGACGUCCGCCUGCCCACCCCGGACUGCCCCUACCCGCGUCGUGUGGAGGUCCCAGGGAAGUGCUGCCAGGAGUGGAUCUGCGAGACCCGGGAGCGGCCGCUGCUCCAGGAUGCCAUGGCAGCGCCCAGGGCCCCGGGGCUGGCAUCCCCAGCCCUACCCUACCCCUGUGAGGAGUGGGGCACAGAGUGGAGUGCUUGCUCGGCCACCUGUGGCAUGGGCUUCUCCACUCGUGUGUCCAACCAGAACCGCUACUGCCGGCUGGAGACGCAGAGACGGCUGUGCAUGGUCAGGCCCUGCCAGGCUCCGCCAGGAGCAUCCCUUGUGAGGGGAAGACGAGGUCGCUUGUAGCCAUGCCCACCCCGUUCGCAGCCUGGAGCCAACGCCUCGUCCCAGCAAAGAGUCUGACGCAAGCCCCUGGCACUGUGGUUUCGGUGGAGAUGGAGGACAUGUCCCCUGGGAAACUAGGGAAGAACUGAUGGACCUUGGCUGCAAAGGAGGGUGGAGAAUCAAGACCAAGAUCCCCGUUUCAUCUGGCACCUGCCCCCUCGUGUGCACCCCAGUUUCCCUAGGCAGGGCUACCGGCCAACGAGCAAAGCAUCCCUGAGUCUCUUUGUCUGCGCAGCAGCAGCACACCCAUAUCGCAGCUCGAGACUGUUACUGUAAUACGGCCAUUGCAGUGAUGCUUUGUGGUUAGGGCAAUUCCCAAGGCAAGGCUUUGGGAAAGCCCUUUGGUGAAGAGGACAGGGAGGAAGGAAUGGGGAGGUGGCUGGGUCAGCUCUCUCCUGCGGUCAUGGCCGUGCCGGGAGGGACUCUCUCGAGUGGCCCGUGCCCUUGGGACCAGCCUGCUGGCUCAAGCAUGGACAGGGUGGCCACCUGCACGCACACACAUGGCUCCCUCAGGUCCCCCUGGCAGCAGAUCCAGCCCCACACUGGGCACCAUGCCUCGGUUGCUUCCAGGCCUCUCCGGGGGGACAUCGAGUGGGCCAGGGACACAUCCUGCCCCAUUUUCACCCUCUGGACCGUGACUGCUCCUCCUGAGAGGUGGGACGGCAACCUAGGCUCCCCAGGGGACAUGCUGCAGAGGGCUGGGGAAACGGGGAAACCCCUGCCUCCGAGCAGGAACCCACUUGAGAAACCAGGAAUUGCUCCUUUGCAGGAUGGGGGCUGGGAUUGGUGGGGUUUUUGGAGAGGGCCAGGUGAUGCUGUUCCUCCGCCGCGUGCCACACGCAUGGCUCUGCUCUGUGGCUACGCGGGGGCUAAGAGAGAGAUCGCCUCAAGCAUCAGGUAGACCAGAUCCCUCGCGGGACCCGCUCUGCCCGACCCGCAGGUACGGAGCGGGCAGGACGGGCCUCGCACCACAGGUUAUCUCCACUUCAGGUUGCACAGCUCCACAGUUUGCAUGCACUCAGUUAUCCCACAAUAUUCGCCCAGCAAACAAACAGCCGCGUUUCUGGGCAUUGGCAGAGGCGUCCUCCUCAUGGCAGCUCCAAUUCACCUUCCCUGCAUCUCUCCAGAAUAAACACAAACCUUCCUGCUC